AUGUCUAGGGACCCCAGUCUGGAACGGUCAUCCUCCGAGGCCUCGUCAUUUGUCACGGAGAAGCUGCCUCACACGAAUAAUGUGAUCCGAGGUCAGGAGAACGUCUAUUCUGUCGGCAGGAAAAUCGCCUCAGGGCGUUAUGGGGCUGUCUAUGAGGUAAGUUAAAACACUCUUGGCUUUUCAAUAUUAAUUUAUAGGUUCUUCGGCGAGGAGAUGGAAAACAUUUCGCGGCCAAGUUGGAAGUGUCCGAUACCCACUUCCAUGGAUUAAACAUGGAUUACAACGUUCUUAAGGAAGCAAAUAAAGCUAAACUCGCCCAUUUUUGUCAACUAAUCGACCGAGGAAAGAUCGAAGGUCACUUUAAGUUCAUGAUAAUGCAAAUGGUGAGCCUAUCCUUUCCACCAUUUUCAUGAUGAUUUCAGCUGGGACCAAACCUGGACAAACUUCGACAAGAAUUCCAAGCCAACCGUUUCUCAGCACCAACUGCCUUGAGGCUAGGAUUGGAGAUGUUGAGUGCCUUAGAAGAGAUCCAUUCCAUUGGAUUUGUGCACAGGGAUGUUAAGGUAGGCAUAGCGUCCAGAUAUAACCUUAUCAAAAAAAAUUUCAAGCCGUCCAAUUUCGCCGUCAACUACGAAAUGGGCGAAUGGAAUGUGUAUAUGAUCGACUUCGGGCUCUGCCGGCAAUACAAAUCAAAGAACGGCGACAUCAAACCGGCUCGUGACCAGGUCCAAUUCCGAGGAACACAACGUUACGCCUCUCUGAAUGCUCACAAUGGCAUCGAACAGUCGCCUCGGGAUGAUCUCGAGAGCUGGUUUUAUGUGUUGGUGGAGUUCCUGACUGGAGAAUUACCCUGGAGUAUAUACAAAAAGAGGGAACGAGAGAUGGCCAAGAAGGCCAAAGAGCUCGCAAGAACCUCUGAAGGAACCGCCGAACUUCUACAAUAUUGUCCAAGGGUAAGUAAAAAUUGAUGGAAACAAAAUGUCAAUUUAGACGGAAUUCCGGCGGAUUAUGAAGUACAUCGAUGGGCUCGGAUACCUGAGUCAUCCGGAUUACACUUUCCUCCGGGAUCUAAUUCAAUUGGCUAUGAAAAACAAUGACAUCAAAGCUGAUCAACUGUUCGAUUGGGAAUAUGAAUCUGAAGAAUCUGAUGGAGAAGCCAUCGAAGGAUCAUCUAAAAACCCAGAAGACACUACUGUAGCCAUGAAUGGGCUGUGCGAUAAGUUAGAUCGAAUGGUCCAGACUGUCAACGGAAAGGAUAAUGGAAAUCCCGCCUGA